AUGACAUGGAAUGAACUCCGCAACGCGCUUGCAAUUCGACGUGGAGCAACAGACCACUCUGCAAAGCUGGAGCCAUAUGAAAAACAAGUUCAUGACCUCUGUGGAUCACUUCUCUUAUUUGACCGCUCAUCAAAGGACAACGAGGAAAAUCCCAAAGUCAAGUUUUGUCACAAAACUAUCGCCGAUUUCCUAAAACAAGAUCCCGAUGAUCUGUUCCUUGAUAGAUCCUUCAGCCAGCAUUCAGACAAGCUCCCACUGAUAAGGAAAUUCUUCGUUGAUCCCACCAAUGCAGCCACCCAAAUUGGACUUGACUGUCUCACUCUCUUGCAGUAUGAUUGCUACAAUCAGCUCGAAAAUGUGAAAGCCGCACUGGCAGGGGACAGUAUUUCAAAUGCCUUCUUGAAGUAUGCAGCUGCAUUCUGGUUCUUGCAUCUUGAGCAAGGGAAUCGAAACAAGGAAGUUCAUCAUGCAAUCAGGGCGUUCAUGCAGAGUCCCAACUUUUGGACCUGUGUGGCUGUUCAAAGCCAUGUUGUGCCCUACGUCUUCGGUCGUUACGCAGAGACAGCUCCUGGUUGCUACCAAAUGGGUCUUCGUCGAGCGGAUCUCUGUGAGCAAGAUUCUUUCGGCGUUCCAUUGCCUACCUGGCUGGAGCACCAACAAGCUGCAGAUUUAGAUCGCGACUUUUGUUCUUUUGUAAGUGACUGGCAUGAGGUCCUGGCUUUCCGACCUGGAGUCUUGAGCCAGUGUGUUCGCUUGACUCCCAUGAAAUCCAAGCUCGGGACGAAUCUCCAUCAGCCUGAAAGAGUACGUGUUUGGCGGGCAACUGAGAAGAUGAAUCUCGCAAAUCUUUCGCACCUUUCCAUCAGCUCGGUCCACCUAUCGAAGGGGAAAUUGUUUGCUGAAAUGAUAUCUUGUCAUGAGAGCGUGUCAACAGACCAGUGGCGAUACCACCGUGUGCCGGUCUUUUCCAAGGGCGUUGAAAUACACGCUCCCCUUAAGAUUGAUCUUGCAAGUGUGAAGCCAUGCGGUCAAUGCAGUAACUUCCAGCUUAAAAACAUCGAUGGGAAAUUCUGUUUCAUGGCAUUUGACGAAGUAAAUCUUGUGUUUAAGUGCUCUGCCGGAGAUUCCGAGUUGUGCGAUGUUUACGCGGCCCCCGACACAUUCCAGAGCGCUAAGCCGGGUCAUGAGUGGAAAGUCAUCUGGAAGGACUGCCAGGUUACAGACCAUGGAACGGCUGCAAUGUUUCAUGUCUCGCAAAAAAUCAUUAAAGUGGAAAGUUCUGAGGAAUUUGACUCAGAUUGCUAUUCAGACUCAGAUGCGGAUUCUGACUCCGACUCUGGCUCUGGCUCGGAAUCUGGUUCAGAUUCAGAGACAAACUCCUCGGUCUCAAAUGAUUCGGGCUAUGAUGAUAAUCAGGGUCCGAAGCACCGUUUUAAGGGGCCUAUACUGGACUGGCUGAUCGUUGUCCUUGACCCGCGCAGACCACUAUGGAUUCCGAUCUCAUUAGACAACCGCCAGCGUGGUGGUGUUGCGUAUACAGUCCAUCCAUCCCUGCCUUUGCUUGUAUGUCAGGUAAAAGGUCAGCGUAUUCACGCUGAUCUCAACACUGGGAAGUGGGGUACUUGGAAAGAACUUGCGGACUUGGAAGAUGUUGAGACAGGUAUUUUCUCACAACGUAAGGAAUCCUUAAGGUUAAUUCAUCUCUUAAUGAAUGCAUCAUGCUAA